CAGCUACUCCCACAAGUACAGACCUCAGCAUAUAUAAGGGAAAAUUUGUGUCAGGGACCAAACAACUAAACCGACUACGCCAGACUGUUAGAGGAAAUUUGUUUUUAUUUAUUUUAGUUAUUGGUUAGACAGGCAUAAAUCUGGUGUAUACACCGUGGUGUUGAGGAGUUUACCUGCGCCUCGUAGCUUUGGUUUAGCUAUCCCCCCUCAGGCUUUGUUUUCCUUGCGAGGGAUUUUAUUUUUAUAGUUCCUUCAUAGUUUUGUGUAGUUCUGUUUGUGAUAUUUUCUGUGGACAGAAGUCACUGACACAUCCAUGCCAGCCUCUUGAAGGAGCAUCAGUCCGGUAAAAAAAGAUUACGAUUUCAAGUUAACGCUUUGCUUUCUUCUUUUACGCAAAAACGUUGUUGGAUUAUAGAACGGAUUUUUCCGAGGGAGGAGGAUGGAUUGCCCCCAGUGCCGCAGGGAAUGUGGGCAGAAUGACAAGUUCUGCAGUGAAUGUGGCUACAAACUGUGCUCUGCAAGGACACCUGUCACAGAGCUUUCUGUACCUGGGAAGGAGACAGGGGACUCCACGGAUGUGUCAUCUGCUGACCUCAGUCGUGUUAGGCGGAACAGUGCAGACUGGACUCGUCCCAGUUUCCUGGCAUCACCCAGCACUUCUGGAGCAGAACCCAGACGCAGUUCUGCUGUCAUCCACAGGGUUGUGCCGUUGGACCUGCAGCCGAGAACUGAAUGCACUGCCAUCGUCUCCCAGGAGAUGGAAGAAGGGGUGCAGAAUAAUGCCACCCCCAAAACCUUCAACAGAAACUCUAACCGACAGGAAGGGCGUGAGCACCCAGUCAGUGAGAGCCAAGUCCACUCUGAUGACCACACCCACCAUGAUAACCACACCCACUGUAAUGACCACACCCCCUCUGAUGACCACACCCAGUCCCAGAGCCUUGGCCCCCCUGACACUGGCUCUCCUGCAGAUGAGGCAGAGGAAACUAUGAAAAAGAGAAAGGACAAAUCACAUACAAGUUGGCUGGAAUCAGAGAACCAGCAGAGAGACAUAACACCUGCUGAGCAGAUCACACCUGGCACACCUGCCCCAGAUUCUGAGUAUCAGAAGGAGACCACAGACAACAGAUCCAGUCUGGGCCCAGAAUCAACAUCAUUUAAACAACAGUACAUACUGCAUGCUUUUCUGGUAGUUUGCAUGGAAGUAAAAUGUGAUCUUUUAAAUACUGUACAAAGAAAAUUUCCACUUGUGGACAAUAAAGUCUCUAAAUUCUGAAGUCAAGGGAUAGCAAGGAUUCGGUAUGCCAGGAUCUGUAGUGUUUUUCAGGUGUACAAGUGUGUAUACUUUGUGUGUAUAUGUAGAAUUAAUGAAUAAAACUUUACAAACUGUAAA